CCACCAUCUCUCUCUUCUGCAUGCCUUUGAAGAUAUCCCAGUAGGAGGGGGGUCUUUUUUUUUUAUCACUCCUCUUCUGAAAUCAUGCGGCAAUGCUCAAGAAACCUCAUAUCAUUUGCUAUAACGGAUUGCAGCUCUUAGGCCAAUCUUACUCUCGAUCCUGGCCCGCUUCUAUAGCUAGGCCUUACGCCACAGCACCAGGAGGGUUCUUGGAGAAAGAACUGUCAUGGCCCUCUAGCCCCUCAUUUACCCCAUACGAUGUCUUUGGACAAGACCGGCGCGCGCCAUAUUCGAAGCACCGCUUCUACGAGCUAGUUAAGAUCUACCAUCCUGACCGGCCCUGCAAUGACCAUCCAUUGUGCAGAGAUAUAUCCCCGGAGCGGAGGCUGCAGCGGUAUCAUAUCGUCGUUGCAGCGCACGAGAUUCUUUCGAAUCCGAGCAGACGGGCAGCUUACGACCGAUGUGGAACGGGAUGGCAUCUUCACCCCGCAGGGAACCACCAGCCAACUCCGUCCUGGGCUGGGACCGGAUCAAGUAACUACGGACCGAUCUUUCACAAUGCGACUUGGGAAGAUUGGGAACGGUGGUAUAACCGUGAUGCACCCAGGCAGGAGACUAUAGUUGAUCAUCGGACUUUCUCGGCUUUUGUGGUUCUUUUGGUGUUGUUCGGGGGUGCGGUGCAAGCAUCCUGGAUUGGAAAGCUCAGCACCGGUUACGAAGAUAGACUUCGCGACCUCAAUGAGCAGUCUACGAGGUUCCUCAAUGAACGACGGAAAAAUACCGUGAAUCAGUUGGGAAGCUCCGAAGCAAAGGUGCAGCAUUUCCUCAUUCGACGAGAUCCUUCGGGAUAUGGAUUGAAGGAGGAGGAGGGGCCUGUAUAUCGCGAGGUUCUCAACGUCCGCAACAACUCUUCCUCUGAAGAUGCUGAAGAGGAGGAGACCAAGGAAAACCGCGAAUAUAAACAUACUUCUUAAGGUUUAAUCAUAAUUUCUCCUUCCAUCCUGUCUGCAGCAUUCUGGCGGUCUGGGGAAGGAAUGGAAAUAUGGAAAGUAUAGAAUUCAUAGCUCACUGGUUGACUAUUUACUACAUACAUACUUCAAUCGCAUAAGAACAGGUUAACUCUCCUGGAUUUCGAAGAAGCUUGUCGUUCAAGUGAGGCCUCUUCAGGAUGUAGGACUAGCCUCACUCUUCUAUAUGAAUCGAGGGAGUUUUGAAAUGGAGGUUAUAGUCGAAGAAGUCGAAGAGUAACCAAGAUUAAAAAUCCAAUAUCG